AUGAAGAGUGAUGAUACCAACUGGAUUCAAGAACAUCUUCCGGGCUGGAAUCUCAUUCGAUAUGUGGUCGAUGACCCCAAGGCUCAGUACACGGUGCCUAAAAAUAAGGGUCGCGAGGCUAUGGUAUACUUAACGUAUAUCAUUGACCACUACGAUAAACUUCCUGACGUCAUGGUAUUCAUGCACAGCGAAAGAUAUCAGUGGCACAACGACGACCCAAUAUAUGACGGAGUCCCACUACUACAGAGUCUCCAACUCCCGUACCUAAUCUCCCAGGGCUACACCAACCUCCGCUGCGUAUGGACCCUAGGCUGUCCCUCCGAGCUGAAGCUCACCGAGCUCCCUCAGGAAGCUCCCUCAGACCCAAAGUCUGCCAAAACGACUGAGAUCGCCUAUCCCGCCGCCUUCAAAGCGCUCUUUCCCGGCGAAGACCUCCCGGACGUGGUCGGCGUAGCAUGCUGUGCCCAGUUCGCUCUAACUCGGCAAAAGAUCCGCGAACGGCCGAUCUCUGACUACCACAGGUAUAGGAACUGGAUUAUGAACACGCAUCUGGAUGAUCAUGUCAGCGGAAGGGUUUUGGAGUACAGCUGGCACAUCAUUUUCGGUCGGCCUGCUGUGCAUUGCCCGAAUGCGAAGCUGUGUUAUUGUAAGGUUUAUGGGCUUUGUGGGUUGGAGUGUAGUGAGGAGGGGAAGUGUGGGGAGAGGUGGCCGUUUCCGCCUUUCUCGACGCUGCCGAAUGGGUGGCCGGGGAUUGGGUGGGAUGGGGAGGUUAUGAAUGAGGAAAAGUUGGGCGAGUUGAGGAAGUCGGCUAUGAAAAAUGGGUUGGCGUGA